CAUUUGAUGGAUCCGAGGGUAGCCUGGUUUCAGCCAGAACAGCUCGGACCUGCCAACAUUUUGUGGAUGCAAAUUUGGGAAACGACGCAGGGGCUGAGGAAUCUGUUCUUUAAUAAUAACUGUGCGGCGGCAGCGGCGACGGCAGCAACGAGUGUGGGCAGCGAGACCAUGUUGAGAGAGAGGAGCAGCCAGGGAGGAGGGGACUUUGGCGUUCAGAGGGAUUUCCUCCCACUCGAGCCCAGCGCAAAUAACAGCAACUUCCCAGCCAGCCCAGGAGAAGGUGGCUGCCGGAAGGGCUACCCCGACAACAGCAAUAGGACCAGUGGCACGGGCAACAAGAGGAAACGGGACAACAAGGCAAGCACUUUCGGGUUAAACUACAGCCUCUUGUCUGGAAGUGGCCAUUACAACGGAACUCCCUGGAAAAGCCGAAACUACAGCGAGGGAGUCUUGGGACUUCAUGAAGAAAUUAUUGACUUCUACAACUACAUUUCGCCUCGACAUGAAGAGGAAAAAAUGCGGAUGGAAGUUGUUGAAAGAAUAGAAAGUGUCAUCAAAGAACUGUGGCCUAAUGCUGAUGUGCAGAUAUUUGGAAGUUUUAGCACUGGACUAUAUUUGCCAACAAGUGAUAUUGAUUUGGUAGUAUUUGGAAAAUGGGAGAGUCUACCUCUUUGGACUUUAGAGGAAGCACUUAGGAAACACAGUGUUGCUGAUGAGAGCUCUGUCAAAGUCUUGGAUAAAGCAACCGUACCUAUUAUUAAACUAACAGACUCCUACACUGAAGUAAAAGUUGACAUCAGCUUCAAUGUACAAAAUGGAGUAAAAGCUGCUCAGCUUAUUCAUGAGUUUAUUAAGAAGUUUCCUGUGCUCCCGUAUCUGGUUCUAGUGCUGAAGCAGUUCCUGCUGCAGAGAGACCUAAAUGAAGUGUUCACAGGUGGCAUUGGCUCCUACAGCCUAUUCCUAAUGGCUGUUAGUUUUCUACAGUUACAUCCUCGAGAAGAUGUCUGCAGCUGUGAUGCUAACCUUGGUGUGCUUCUAAUUGAAUUUUUUGAACUAUAUGGAAGGCAUUUUAAUUAUCUUAAGACUGGUAUUCGGAUAAAUGAUGGGGGUUCAUAUGUUGCUAAGGAUGAAGUGCAAAAAACAAUGGCUGAUGGAUACAGGCCAUCGAUGCUGUAUAUUGAGGAUCCACUGCAACAAGAAAAUGAUGUUGGUAGGAGUUCAUAUGGUGCCAUGCAGGUAAAGCAAGCCUUUGAUUAUGCCUAUGUUGUUCUAAGUCACGCUGUAUCUCCAAAUGCAAAAUAUUUCCCAAACAGAGAAUGUGAAAGUAUAUUGGGUCGAAUAAUCAGAGUAACUCAGGAAGUUGCUGACUACAGGUCUUGGAUACAUGAGCAUUGGGGACCACCAAACAGUAAUGAUUCUCCAUUUAAUGGGAACGAUGUGACUUUGCUCGUUGGCCCACCACAGCUGGAUAAAUGUAACAACAAUAUUUCGGAAGAGUGUGCAGUCAUUAGCCAGCCCAGAUGCAGGACCUCUGAAACAUGUCUCAGUAAACACUCUUCAAAUUCAUCGUCUGGUCCAUUGUCCUCUGCAUCUUCUACCUUAUCCAGUUCAAGUGAUGUUGACUCUGAUGGGACACCUUGCAAAACCUCCAAACAAUCUGGCAGUCACCAGUCCACCACUAACAAAUCAGUGCCACAGGAAUCUGCGGCAGAAUCGUCUCCAUUGCCAAAUUUGAAAGUGCAGCACACUACAUCAAGCAAUUCAACAAGUAACACCACUAAAGCUCAGCAUGGUACAGCAAGACUAUUUCGUUCAUCCAUCAAAGGCUUCCAAGGACAACAGAACUCCAACCAUGUUGGAAGUGUAUCAAACAAACAGAAUCCAGGCAACAAGCCACAUCAGCAGCACUGUCCUAGCAAAAAGAGGAAGCACAAAGGAGACGCUGCCUCAGCAGACUUGUGUCGGUAGUCGGUUUUUGACUUGGUUAGAGAAAAUUCCUGCAGUGAUCCCAUAAGCUACAGAAGACUGGUAGCAGUAGAUGGGAUCUUGUCAAACUUUCCCAGGAGAAUGGAUUUUGAUUUGUUUUUUUCCAGAUUGCCAUAAAAUGAUCAUGGGUUACAGUGGUUGUCGCAAACAUUGCUUCCCUUUUUAGAUGGGCCAUAAGCUGCAGUGGAGCAGACUGAAGAUGGAAUCGAUGCACAAAAUGCCCCUCCCCGGGUUUAAAAUGUAAUGGAAGUUGAGCAGAAAGGAGUGUUGGAGGAUCUUAAUUAUUGAAAAUUGAAAUUUCCAUUGCUUCCUUUGCAAGGGAAAUUUUAAAUGUUACAACAAAUGUAUACUUUGUGCACGAUUUUAAAAUUAUUUUUGCAGAUACUGACAUUUUUAUUGUGUAUAUACGGAAGAUUGUAUCAGCACAGUAUUUGCAUUGGUAACCUUUGUUUUCAGUUAAUAGUUUUUACAUGUCAUUGCAAUUUACAUUUAAUAUUGAAAUUUUCUGUAUUACUUGUUAAUUUAAUGGAUCCCAAGGAUGUUAUCUGACACGGCUUAUAUAAUGAAAGGCUAUAUGGUAAGCUUAAAAAGUGCUCUACUAAUACUUAUCUAUGUAGCAACUUCCAGAUUCAUUUAUUGGUUUUUGAAGUAGAAGAUAUUGCUCCAGCAGCUGUUGAAAUACACUCAGUUAAGGCUUUAAGUAACACAUGGCAUCUGGAGAAGUGAAGCGCAACAUUUUUAAUACUGUUUAAUUCUGUAUGCAGCAUGUAGAUAUUUGUACAACAGUUGAUGCUGUAUGAACAGAAUUGUUCCUAUCAAAUAUUUUGAAGGAAGUUUUAAUAUUUCCUUGUCUCAGGUGUUACAGUAAAUAUUCAUAUUGUAUUUUACCAAAUGGAGUGAUCACAAAAUUUCCUUCUAAAUACAUCCUUCUAGAUCUGUGUUGGUCCCUAUUUCUGGCUUUUCUAUGUUGUGAUAAUACAAAUUUUAAGUUGAAUUCUCGAACAAAUAUUAUCAUAUUAAAUUUCUUUUGGCAGUAACUUCCUAAUAUUCUACUGUAAUGGAUAAUUCUUUUGAUCUUCAAACUUUUAUGCAUGCAUAUCUGUUUGCUGAGCCCUUCAAUCCUGGCAUAAUUCUGGCUUGAAUUCUUCUACGUAAAAUCAUGACCAAAUAUCAUUCAACUAACUAAGACCCAUUAAGUGUUGACUAGUCAUAUGUGUUUACACACACUUUGUAACUUAAACAGUACUAGAAAGGCUCAGAGUACAAUGUUCCUUUUAGCUGUGAAUGAAUUUGGUGCUUUAAAAUCGAUACUACAAACAUCAAUCUACUUGUGAUGAUGGGGACUGUACCUGGAAAGGCAUGGAAUUGGUUACUAUUGCUCUAGGACAAAAUGAUCAACAAAGUACACUAAAUAAAGCCAAUUGGAGUGGUGAGGAAAAUCAAAUGUUCUCUUUUUGUUUGAGUUAUUUGUUUUAAAAAUUUGCAGUUAUUUUCCAUAAGAUGCAAUUUUUAAAAAAUACAGCAAAUGGACAGUUGGUUGGUAAAUCAACAGAGAAAACUAUUCCUAACUGCUAUACUGAUUAGUCAUGUGGGUAUUUUAAUCCAAGUGUUAGAUUAAUAAUCUAUUUAAACACUACAUUGGGCAUUGCUUGGAUUGGAGGAAGGAUUCCAUCAGAAGUCUAUGAUAACUGAACAGACCCUAUGCCAAUUAUCAUGGCAUUUAGGUAAUUAUAUGCCAGCGAAGAACCACUUUCCUAUCUGAUGCUUCACAACAUUACCCAGCUCAACAAUGACAUUUUUCUUUUAACAACAAUCAGCCUAAUUUACAAGCAGGUGACUCCAUCAGCUUCAUAAUUGACACAUUACCAGUACCUAAUAGAAACCAUACUGGUGAAUUGUCUCAAAAUUAAUGGCGUUCUUAAGCUUUUGACAGCUGGGAGUAAAGAUGCUGAUACUGCAACAUUGAUUAUUCCACAUAAUCUUAGCAUUUACAAUUACAUGAUUACUUAAGAUUUUCUGUAAACACAAGUUGAUGCAAACUUGUACUGUAAAUAUUCCCACGUUGAAUCAUUACCAGAGAUUUUUAAAAAUCUUAAGACUGUACUAGUUGUAGGUAUUGAUUUCGGAGCUGUAACAAAUAUCUUUAGAGUUAAAUGCUACGAACUGGGUUAGCAAAUAUACUUCAAUACAAAUAAACUAUGAUUCAUUAACUUGGAUCAUAGCAAUAUUGAGAGUCAUGUGGAGGUCAUGGCAAGUUGAUAUUCCAAGUUAAUUUUUAUAUUUGCAUUGAAGAAACAUGUUUUAGUUCGUUACUACGUGUAUUAAAUUGAUAUUGCUUCAGUAUAUGCUGCUGAUUCAUUUUUAAAUAAUCAGUACUGUAUAACAGAUGGUGUUAAAGAAAAUUAUUUAGUGGACGGAAUUUUUGCUUCAAAUUGCACAUCGUCGUACAAUUUUGUCAUAGGAAAUAGUAUUUCACAAUUUUUGAUAGAACUUGACUAUUUAAUGCUUGAGAAUUAGUAUUCUGCAGCAGUUUAUACAUUCGUGGCUUGUAAUAUGACUGAUAUAAAAGGGAAUUUGAAAUAGCUGCAUACCAAAUAACAGUAACAACUAUGGUGAAUUGCCAUAAUAGACGGAGCAGUAGUGGAAAAAAAAUUACAUAGAUUCUAUUGGGAAUCUUUGCCAGCAUUUUAGAAGUUUUGCGAGUUAUAUUAAACUAUUUGUUUUGUUAAGUAACAAAUGAACUUCUAUUUCUGAGACAGCACAACAUCCUUGAAGCAAUGUAUGCAUACUUUUGAAAAUGAAAGAUCAAACAGGUUUAUAUGGUUUGCCUUAAACUUUUUUAUAGUCAUUCAUACAAAAUAUAAAACUUACAAGUUUAAAACAUCAAUGAUUCUUAAGAACAGUUGACCUGUUCUCUCUGCUUGGCAAUUUGUGGUUUCUUUUCUGUACCUUGUAUUGGUUUUGCUUGGCUGCUUCAACUUUCAAGUAUACAGUAUUUUACUUCGUUUGUUUCACCAAGUUUGGGUUUCUGAACAUUUUUGUGAUUAUGGCAAAAUGAACCUUUAACUUAAAUGCUGUAACUUAGGAUGUGCAUCAUUUUUGUAAUAUGAACUGUACUUACUCUGCAGAGAACACAGAAUACAUGGAAAAACUCAAUCUAUAAAGAAGAAAAAAAAUGAAUCUAUGUUGUUAAUGUAAACCCUUCACUCGAAUAGAGUUAUAAUUCAGGUUCUGAACAAAAAUGUUGAUCUAUCUUCUGUUUAUAGAUGUUGACCAAUUGGCUGUGUAUUUCCAGAAUUUGCAUUUUUGAAAUUGCCUCUAUAAUUGCUAAGUCUCUGCACCUCACAUUUUUCUUGAAAAGUUGCUUUUUACUUUUGUCCCCAUCUUCCAGUGACUUACUAACUCUGGUCAGCUGGUUGAUAGCAGUUACUCUCCACCUCCUCCCCAUUGCUUGCUCUUUGUGUUCUGCUGGUUCCACUAUUAUUUGUGUUUUUAACUUCUGUUCAAUUGGUAAUUAAAACUUUUAACUUAAAUAAUCAGAUUGAGUAUAUUGAAUAAGUCCUGCCUCAACUGUACAAUUCCCAGUAACUUCAAAAAUUGCUAUCUAAUUUUUGUUGUCCUUUCCAUUUGUUUCACUUUUGGGUUUAUCAUUGAUAAAUGUCUGACCCGGCAAACAUUGUUCUGAUUUUUUUUUUGAAUGAUUUGCUGUCUUGUAAUUGGUUCUCCCAGGAAAUCUCCUGUUAACUCAGGAGUUUACAUGUAAUUGCUAAUAAAAUAAAUUGUCUUCCCAUGUCCAUGA